AUGAAGAAGCAGUUCGAGUCGUGGAAAAAGAGCUUGAAGCACACGUUUGGUCGAAAAGAAAGGAGGGAAGUGCUAGCUGAGCUCAAACAAGCCAAGGAGAACGAGCAGCAGCAGCAACAGCAGGCUCAUCCAAAACCUCUCACAGAUGCCGAAAUCAUCCAGUGCUAUGCGCGUGAAGCGAAGGCUCAAGCGCAAAGAGACGCUGCCGCCAAAGAUGCGCGUGAGAGGGAGGCGUACUGCGAUAGACCUUUCCGUCCUACGUCCACCACGAGCGCCCACAAAACCCAAACCAGGAAGCUGGAAGAUGUGGAGGGGAUUGAUCACUGGAAGGCAUCUGUGAGUCCACUCUCAUUGCCUGCGCCGGUUAUGGGAGCCCAAAAUCUGCCGACCCCAGCAGCUCAGGAAGAGUACGAAAGAGUUUCGGAGCAAGGCCCGCACCCUCAGCCUCAACCCAAGUUCAAAGUCAAGAUCCGCAGGACGGCAAGCGUAAGGAGGAUAGCGAUGGUGGGGAGUCGGCGUAUGAGGCUUGGUCAAGCGAGGACGAUCGUGUAUGGAGAGCUCGAUGGGUUGAAUAGGUUGCCGCUGAGGGGUAGGGGGGAGCUAGAUCAAGUGAGGGUGGGGGAUAUGGAUGAGAGGGAGAGAUGGGAGUUUAAUCGCGGGUUGAGGAAUUGGGAGAGUGUGUCGACACUAAAUAGCGAGGGAGUGGGAGGUGGUGCGGUGAGAUCCUUCGCCGGUCUGCUUCAGAGUCGACAAGGGGGGGAGGUAGGUGCUACUCCAGACCUCACGCAGAGUGUGGAAGACUUGAGUAGUGUGGAUACCCCUAGGGGCGUGCAAGAGCAUGGAAAAGGAAAGAAAUGGGCGACCUGGGCCGGUACUAUGAGGAAAAGGGUUGUGAAAAUGUGCUGUGGUCAACAGAUAGGGAGUGUUUCGCCGCCGCCGCCGCCACCACCACCGCCGCCGCAAAUAUCUGUAUCUAUUCCCACGUACAGCGGGGAUGAUGAAGAGCAAGGAAAUUCUCCGGGGCAACAACAUGGGGCUGAGAACCUCCAGCCUGCAUCAUCACGGGCAGGUAUCCCUAGUGGAAGAGAGCCUGCUCAAGAGCAGCGAACGACGAUAGUCCACGAAGCGGAGGGUGAGCUUGGAGUUGUUGGAGACCUCUUGGAUGGGUCAGCAGAAGUAGAAACUGGGGAAGAGCUCUGUCCAUGUCCAGAAGGCAACGGCGACCUUGAAGGUGCUGAAGACUUCCAAGCUAGAUCGCCACGCGCCCCAAAAGGUGAUGGCGAGGCUGGCCCUGGAUCUCACACAGCAGCAUUUCGAGCUCAAAGACUGGAAGAGACUCGAGAAAUUGAGAGCGCUGAGUACGCUGAGUACCUCCAGAAUGACACAGGAACAGUGCUCCGUGUAAGAUCGCGGCCGAGGAGGCAGAGGACGGGAGCGGGAAGGUUGGAGUGGCGGCAAAAUCUCCAGGAUAAACUGGCGAGGGUUUCGCAGCCUGGACUUGUUGAGAAGGAAGACAACAGACCAGAAGAGCAGGAGCAAACGACAAUCAUUGCUCAUGUUGCAGCCUUAGGGUCGCUUGAGGACCUACCGGCUGAUACUCAGCCCCCUCAAACACAAGAGGCUGAGGUAGCAACAUCAGUGCACGAGAUACCAAGUGUCUUGCCAGAUGCCGCUGAAGACCUCCCGGCUAGCACUGAGCCUUCUCAGAAGCGAGACGAGACCGAGGCUCCUCGAGACACAGGAGGGCUACGACCUAAUGAAUGGCUUCGCAACACCACGCUCCAGAUUACCACGCUCCAAGACUUUACGCAGGCUGAGUCUGAAUCUGAGGAGGUGGUGACUGCCUCCACGGGUAGUCAAAGUGGCAAUCCUCAGCCUGCCAUGAGCACCCGUCCCAUUGAGAAGGAAGAUCCUGACCCAGUGCUCGAGGACCUACAACUUAGAGCGCGAAAUGUCAGUCUAAGGCUGAGGCACAGCUUGAGAUUGAGACAAGCGUCUGUCUCGCCGGACGGUCCUUCGGUGCUGGGUGAGGCGGUGGAUGCGUUGACUAUCUCCCCGGCUCAGGCUGGACUGAGCAGAAAUCGGCUGCCCGUCCGUUCGAGACGCGAAGACAAAGAUGAGAGCAGAGCGCCCUCUGCAAGUCGCAGUGAGAUGGUAGAAGGGUCGUUGAAUACCUCCAGCCCUCAGGAUUCUUCGUCUUUGCCGGACGCGAAACCCGCACAAGCUGAUGCUCGGACUGAACGUGCGUCAGUGGAGAUGGUGAUUUAUUGCGGUGAGGACUGAGGGCCUCCAGGCAAGGAGGUAAUGGACAGCAGAAGUCUUGUAUUUGGAAGGGAAAGGGGAGAGCGGAACUGGAAGAUGAAAG